AAAUGGUUUGAUAUGCAAAUUUUUUUUCAAAAUUUUCGAAAAUUGAUGUCGAAUUUUUUAUAUAAUUAUGUUUUAAUUAAGUUUAAACUUUCCUAAAUGAUUAAUACUUUAUUUACUUCAGUUCGGGUUGAUUGUACUUUGUAAAUUGCAUCGUGUUGUUGGUUUCAACGUUAUUUCACCGAAGGUCCUCGAGCAUUAUUUACGUCGCUUUGUUGCUUGUUAUCGCCAUUCGUCAACGGUAAACGACUGGAAGUUCAUGUCGUUUCUCAGUUUAGCAUUAUUCUAAUUAUGUUGUGACGCUAAUUCAAAAUGAUUUUAAAAGACUACUAAACUAACCAACGUUAUUGGACAUUGAAGAACGUUUCGUUUUCGCUUUCGCAUUGGAUGCAUCCUUCGGUAAUGGUAACAUACACACGUCUAAUCAGCCGAAGCAAUAGUUGAUGAGAAGAAGCAAAUCCAGAAACCAACGUUAUAGCAUCGUCUAGUUUACAGAUUUAUAUCUGCUUCGGUCGUCUCAACGAGGCAUAUUCAUGUAAUGAAUGGUGAUAGUUACCGUUCAUUUCAGACUCACCUUUACAAACUUACUAACAUCUAUACCAAGAAACAUGGAGAUUGACGCUUCAUCAAGCGACGUUUGUCGACUUUGUGCCGAAAAUUACGACAAACGGUUUUGUUAUCCACUGUAUGAUGAAAAUAAACGUGAACGAACCAUAGCCAAACAAAUUAAUCAACUAGUCGUAAAUUUGGUAUCACCGGACGAUGGUUUACCUCAGAAAAUCUGUUUUAAAUGUUCCAAGAAUGUAGAAAUGUGUUAUUCAUUCGUGUGUAAUGUGAUCGAGACACAGAAUAAGCUAAAACGUCUGAAAAGUGUGACUGACCAGAAACAGAAACGCAGCUCGGGUGAAGAUUUCAUAGAAAAGUGUCGAUCGUAUACGACAUUAAGAUGCGAUGAACUACCCUCGUCGACGGGCGAUCAAAGUUGCAUACUGAAUGGCAACGAAGACGGCGACACCAUCAUCAGCUUCGAUCAAAACGAGCGCGAAAAUAAUACAACAGCGGUGGUCGACGACUUCAUUGAGUUAUUGGUAGUUCAUCCUGAAGAAAUGGUCGACGUCGAUGUGAACGGUAUGCUGGAAAGUUCGCCUCAUUUCGUCGACGUCAAUCAACAAAACAAAAUGGCGAUGGCUAAUGAAGCUACUACUACGAUAGACCAAAUCAGACCAUCGCCAGCACCGCUAUUGAGCUCAUCUUCGAUAAGCUCGAAACCAGACAAAUCGCAAUGGCAGCCUACUACCUGUGAUCAGACAGGCAUAACGGUCAUCGAAGGACUAGACAAUGUAGCUUCGUCCAACGAUCAGCAAACGUUACUAGUGAUCGAUAGUCAAAGUUAUAUGGACGAGGAUGAGGACGAUGGCGAUGACGCGUUCGAUGACGAUACAAUGGCUGCCAUUAAAGAAGAACCCAAAGAGAUCGCUUUUACCACCGACGAGUUCGACGAAGAGAUUUUAGAACUACAAGAAGAUCACCAAGUUACCUGGGUAUAUGACGACUCGCCCAAAGAAGACGGCGAAGAAUGCGAAAUAGUUUACAAAUGCGGAUCGUGCGGCAAUACUUACCAGAACGAGGCUCUGUUCCAGUCUCAUAAUUGCGAAGGCAGCGGCGACGAUUACGGCAGCGCUGAGAUAGUCGUGCAGAUUCGAGGUAACUACGACAACGACGGCGGCGGCGUCGUUAGUAAGAAUAAAACUAUGUUCCAAUGCGACAUAUGCAAUCGUAUUUUCAAAUCAAAACUCGUAUUCAAAUUGCAUUACGCGCAGCAUAAAAAGCCAAACGUAUGUCAGCUCUGUAACGCGUGCUUUUUAGACCCCGAAGACCUGCAGAACCAUUUGAAUCAAGCUCAUCCGGGCGCCAAUUACAAUCUAGAUGAUAGUGCGGUUUACGAAGAGGUGAUCGAUUCGGAGAAGCAGUGCGACGUUUGUGGGAAAAUCACGGAUAAUCUGAAGCAGCAUAAGUUGUAUCACGCUAUCAAAGAACUCGAGUAUUGCAAAGCGGAGAACAAAAAGUAUCUGAAGAAAUGGUUUUUUUGCCAGCAAUGCAACAAGAAAAUCUUCUCAGAAGCCAAUUUCCUGUUCCAUGUGGCGAAGCACAACGGCGAAGACACGGUGACCUGCAGACAAUGCGACUUCGUAGCAGUCAAUAUUCAAGAUUACAAUAUGCACAUAACGACCCACACCGGCGGCAAGUAUUUCAUCUGUAACGAUUGCGAAAAAUGUUUUUUCACCAGGUCGGCUAUAUCGGACCACGUGCUCAUCCACAUGGACGGUACCCGGUACAUGUGUGAAAUCUGCGGUAAACGUUUCAAAACAUCUAGAUCGAACGCACAGCACAAGCUGCUCCAGCAUAAGAAGUAUUUCCGGUGUAAUCGUUGUAAUCGCGGAUUCACUCACGAGGCGAAAUUAAAAAGUCACUAUAAUAUUUGCCGAGUCAUCAAUCAAGAUCAAAAAGAAUCCAAAGUGUUCGAGCCGGUGGAGAAAUUCUUCUGUAAUAUUUGCAAUUCCAAUAUAAAAAGCUCGUCCGAAAUAUCGAUCUUGUUCCAUAAAGCCAAACACGAGGGUAAAGAAGGCGUCGUGUGUAAAUUCUGCAACCUGCUGUGCAAAAACGCCUGCAUGUAUAAGAAUCACCUGCUGAUACACACCAACCAGCGACCUUACGCUUGUACCCAGUGUCCGAAAAGUUUCCGCACUAAGGGUUGCCUAGUGCAACAUAUGCUGGUCCAUGGCGACGAAUACAAGUACACGUGCGAGUAUUGCGGUAAAAAGUCAAAGAAGCUUACUACUCACGUGAAUCACGUCAAUAUUCAUACCGGAACUAAACCGUACAAGUGUCCGGAUUGCGAUCGUCCUUUCAGACAGCUCAGCGAUAUGAAGAAACAUCGCAAGACGCAUUUGAAGUAUAAAAAUGAUGCUAACAAUGUGCACGCGAUGGCGUCCAAUGCCUCGAAUACUGUCACUGUUACCACCGAUCUACCUUAUUUGACUAUUAAAACCGAAGUCGAAGAUAUGAUCGCUGCAGAGAGCAUUCAACAGUUACAGCUGGCCUAAUAUGAUCGAAAUGUCGAAUUUGUAUUUUAAUAUUACGAUUUUAUUAUGAGGAAAUGAUUUUCUCCCCCUUACUAUUAUCAAUACCUAAUGUACACAAGUACACAUACUACGUAUAGUUUAAUGUACAUAUCUGUUAAUGUUAAAUAGAUAAGUAUUAAUUGUUUAUUUAUUUACCUACGUCUUUGUUUGGUUGCGUUUGGUGUUUCGUAGAAACUACGAAUACGAGUGUAUAUUUUUUUUCUGUAAAUACUGCAAUUUGUUUAUUUAUCUGAUUAGAAAUUUCCUUUUUUCUUGUA